UUUCAUUGAGUUAGCCGCUACAGAAGGUGAUUUUGCGAUAUUUUGUGCAAUGUUCAUCGUUGAGUUUUAAGAAGUCUUCAUAAACUUCUUAAUAACUUUCUGAGUCACACUCACGGGCGUAAAUAUAUUAAAUAAUGAGAGUGCGUUUUGCACCUUCUCCGACUGGCAAUCUACACAUAGGAGGUUUACGCACUGCAUUGUUCAACUACCUCAUUGCUAGAAAAGCUGGCGGUAGCUUCAUACUCCGGAUAGAGGAUACAGAUAGAAAACGUUAUCAACCUGGCGCUGUUGAUACUUUAAUUAGAUCACUUAAAUGGUCUGGGAUACAGUACGACGAAGGUCCGGGUAUUCCUGGCUCAUUUGGUCCAUACAUCCAAUCUGAGCGUCUAAAUCUUUAUCGCAGUGCAAUCGAUCAGUUGUUAGAGGCUGGCCAAGCAUACAGAGAUUAUAGUCAACCAGGCGAACCAGUCAAGUUGCUCAACGGAAGAGAUCAAGAUCUGUACAAGACACACGUUGUUAGGUUGAAGAUCCCUGAGAAGGAUACAACAUUCAAAGACACAGUUUAUGGUGAAAUAACGAUACCUGCACCUAGACCUCCUGGAAUGGGCUACACAAAUGAUCCGAUAUUACUCAAGUCUGACGGAUUUCCAACCUACCAUCUCGCUAAUGUAGUUGACGAUAGUCAUAUGCAAAUAUCACAUGUACUUCGAGGCGAAGAAUGGUUGUCCUCCAUGCCCACACAUUUGGCAAUAUAUAAAGCACUUGAAAAGCCUACACCAGAGUUCGCACAUCUGCCGCUACUUGUGAACCCCGAUGGAACGAAACUAUCAAAGCGUUCUGGAGAUGUGUCAGUAGAGGAUUACAUAACUAAAGGCUGGGAACCAGAGGCUUUUGUUAAUUACACUGCGUUAAUGGGUUGGAACGCACUGAAGACAAGUAAUUCUAGCAAUCCAUCUGAAUAUAUGACAAUGGAAGACCUUAUUCGACGCUUUGAUCUGAAUGACGUCCCUCAUAAACGUGCUUCUAUGUUUGGAGGCAAAUUGCAAUUCCUCAACAAGCAGCAUCUCGGUCGUAAAGUCGAAAAGGGUGAUGCUGAGUUAAUAGACAGGUUUAGAACUUUGCUUGAGAAGCAUCUAUUUGUAGAUGGCUUCCAAUACGACAACGAGUAUUUGGGAGAAGUGCUUUUAUUAAUCAGAGAUCGCAUUAGUAAUCUUAACGAAGCGGUACUCAUGGGUGAUUACUUCUUCAUAGAACCUGACUAUAUGUCUGAUGACGCAAAAAACGCAUACGGAAGCACUAGUGUUGAGAAGAUUGACAUUGUUCUAAAGUCUGUCUAUGAAAUCCUGAAGAAUGAAGAAGAUUGGCAGGUAGCAACCCUCAACUCACAUCUCAAACAGCAACAAAAAUCUCUUGGAUUGAAGACCAACGAGUUUAUGAUGCCCCUAAGGUGGGCAUUGACAGGAAAGAAGAUGGGUCCAAGUGUUGGAUCAACCAUGCAUUUACUUGGAAAAGCAACAACCGUAAAUAGACUACUUAAUCGCAUUUAACAAUAAAACAA